AUGCUGUCCGUCGGCGCAUCUGCGUGGACACUCAGUCUCCAGUCCCAUGCUUGGAGUGUUGAGACGAGCAGCGCAACAAGUGACGAAUCCUACGUACAUGUACGCCAACCAGUGAUGUUCAGUGGUGGCAUCUCUACUAGGAGCUGCUGCGAUCCUAUGCGGAACACUCCUCUUGAAUUCUCCUUUGACUUCGAGCACCUUCUUUAUUCUGCCCGCAGUUUCCCGGUCCCUUGUUUUCGUUACCACACUAACUUUUGUCAGCUGCCUGACUGUGCCACCACUGCUGCCACAGCAUUUUUACGCCAGGAACAUCCUGGUGGGUUUAAGCGGUACCGAUGUUUAAGUACACAACAGUUGUGUGAGCACUGUUUCCUGCUCUGGUUUCCAUUAUUAAAUGUUAUUUGGCCCCGGGGUUCCCAACGCUGUGUGUUGCGCCACUUUGUCUCUCCGAACUUGUGUAAGAAAAAUCUUAUCCGGGCAGGCGUAAAACCUUUCAUUCGCCACUUCCUUCACAAAUCCUUCCCGUGUCUCGCAGACAGAAGCGGCAGCGAAGGAAGUGUCAGAUUUUGCCCGGCGAAGCAACCCGCGAGAGCCGUUUCCCUCUGUGAAAACCACCUCCUGAAAUCUCGUGCGUGCUCUCCGCUGUUGCUUUGCAUUGCUUUGCAUCGGGACCCUUUCGCCUUCCACUGGGGCGUCCGGGCCUCUUCUUCGUCCACUUUCUUUUCCGCUUGGCACUGUUCUGCCGGUCUACACUACGCUUUUUUCUGCGCGCCUCGCACGCGCGUUCCUCGGAAAUCCCGGAUCGACGAGGAGUUGCCCCCUGCGUGCACCCGUGAUCCGUUCUGGGUAUACCGGGUCUGGAAGUUUAUGCGGGGGCGGUCUUCCGUCUCUCCGGUGGGAGACGGCCUGCGCUGCGCCCCCAUCGUUGACCUGUCGUGUCUGUCCGUUUUCCGGGCAGGGGCAUUCUCAGACUUCUUCGCCUCUCCACAGUUCGUUCCUUUUUUUCUCGGUUUGCGGAUUGCGAAUGGCCCGUGUCUGACUCGCGGGCUGAAGCUGCGGGAUCUUGAUCGAGAGGGCGACACGAUCCCGAGCGUCUCCAACGCGGCCCCGUCACACAGAGAAGUCGAAUGUGGUAUAUGGGGUCCGCGUGGCGGCACCCAGUUCUUCGCUCUCUUGAUCUGUAGCACAGGCGCCCAAAGCGCUCUCCAGGUCGCAACCUCAGCUCCUUUUUUCUCGAGAGAAACAAGUGCAAGCCGGAAGUCAGGCGCCUCCGGUGGCACUGCUGAUCGGGCUGCGCCGCCGAAAACAGCGCCUCUCCCCCCGGCCGGAGAAACUCGACACGGGAAGGUCACGGAAUGA